CAUCGGGCCGCAGACCACCAAGCUGCUGAUCGGUCAUGGCGCCCAACGCCGCAGUUUGUGCGCUCAUUUCACUCGCUACCUUCGCGCCAGAAACGUCUCCUUCCUUUUCAUCCUGAAUCCUGUCGGCAAACGGACCAUCGCUGUCGGAAUUCGGCGAACACAACGGAACGGAUUCCCGCAAUUGUGUGGAAGUGGUGGAAGUUGCUCUGCGCCAACACAUUAAAAGCUGCGCCCCAAACAGUGCUCUUUGCAAUUGGCCCCCGAAAACAAAAGGAUAUGCGCGCUGAAUGCGGUAAACAUUCCCGUACCGUGGUUUGAGCUCAUUAGGCCGCUGCAUUAGGAAAGGCGCCUCGAUCACCACCGUCACAAGUGGCAAAGCGGUGAAAUACGUGGAACUGGUGUCGGAAGUGGCUCGAGUCAGUGCCGUUGCUCCGUGUGCAUUGUUUUUUUUUUCUUGAGGGGGGACAAUAGGUCAGUGCCAAACAAAAGAAAAGUAGGCGGAAUUUGUUCACACUCAAAAGUGAACCGUUACAAACACACACAGUGCGAAUAGUGUGGUCAAAUUGAACUUGAUGAAAAGCGAUUGAGUUUUUUCUCGUAAUUUAGCAAGUGCCGCUAGGGGCAUUUGCCACUGACCGGUGUGUUCUAGCGGUCCAACGAUUUCCCGGUGGUGGUGUCCCAACCGGGUUGGUGGCGCCUUUUGGCGCUCGUUUUAUUUCCUCCCCGCAAAGUGUUACACCGCACUUCUUUCCCUUUCGUGCCCGUUGUUUCGCCUUAACAAGCUAUAUUGUGUCACUGUGACAGCAGCAGCAGCAGCUCGCUCAGAGGUGCCAAGGGGUUUUCGGAAGAUGCAAAGCCGACAUUGAAGUUGAAAAGUGCGCGAAAACGGACCUGCCACCAGCAUUUGCUGACGUACCGAACACGAACACGAACACGAAGAACGCGCACAAAAGCGAGACGGCGAGAGAGAGCGCGCACAACAGACAAACACACACGGCCUAGAGAGCUAAGCGGGGUAAGCAGCACAAGCGCACAGCGACAAGCAACCGAACCAGCAGUUCGAUAGUGUGUGCAAUAAGGCGGAAGAAGAGGAACACGCAAAAGUAAGUCCUGAAGACUUGCGGUCUUUUGUGCCGGCUCGAAGACACACUCCCGCUUAUUAUUAACCGCACCGUCCGAAGAGUAGCAGCACACACUCGCGCGGGGGAAAAAGCACCUCUAUUCUGCCAAUAUAUACUACCACCGUGGGUGUGUUGUUCAGCAGUCAGCAGCAGGGAGGGACAUCUUCAUCUUCCCUUGUGCACUGCACUUUUCGUUUGAUCUCUCGUUUGGUCGGUUUUGGAGCGGAGUUACCACAUCAGCAGCAGGCAGGCGGUAGCGAUAGCAGCGCGCAACAUCGAAGGAGGCGGCGGCCCCGAGAGUAGAACGUUUCCGGUGGUGUGUGGCCCCCAAGGAGAGCGGUGUGCGAUUGCGGACCUUUAAACGGCAAUCCGCGCGCCUCCCCUCAUCACCCGCCUCUCCCGCAACGUGUGCAACGUGGCCAUCGUGUGCGUAUGUGUGUGUGUGUGUGUGGGCAAGAUUCACAGAGAUAAGGGCAAAGUUCCGCCGAAUGUCGUUCAAGCUAAAAAGUGUUACAGUGGCGCAGUAGCCAAUUUCCAAGUGGUUCUAGUAUGGGAAUCCUUUGAUGCAACACCAGUGUGUAUAUAUAUGUGUGUGUGGCCUAUGUAUGUGUAAGCGUGCGUGUGGUGGAAUUUUCCUGUCACGAGCUUAUUGGAAGGCAGAAUACCACCAUCGUCGUUCGUCACUUCUCAUCGCGGACCGUCUCCAGUUCAGCAGCAACGGAGCGCCAGCACUCGCCAUAGGAGCUAAAAGAAGGAGUGUUGCUGUGUUCAGCUUAGGAUGGAUUAUACCAGUAAUGGAUCAAUGUACGCAUGCAGACUACCCACGACAGAAGCAGCAACCAGGACAGAACCACAGCGCAAAAGCCGUAAACGCAAAAACACAUCGGAAUUGGACAAACAUGGCGACUCACAGCAUUUGCAGCCAUCCUCCAAAGUGCGUCGAAAUGAUCGUCCGCGGGCAUCCACAUCGACGGAAGCAGUCGCUUCAACGUCCAGCAGCACUGCUGCCACCACUAAUCUACCACACAGCUACGCGUCAACCACUACUACCACGGCCGCAGCAUCAGCGACGGCGGCCCCCGGUCUCUCGAUGCCGUCUAUUUCGAGUUCGUCCUCGCUGGGCAGCAACAGCAAAACCACCGCCUUCAGCAGCGAUUACACCUCCGACACGCAGGGCUCGUCCGAGUUCCCGAUCGCGAGCGAUUUCGAAAGCUACCCGCUCGACAGCCCGGCCACCUUUGGCUCGAACGUGCUGAGCCCGCCGUGCGAUCUGCUGCGCGAGGAAGCGGUCGGACUGUCGGAAUGGUUGGCGAAGGGCGACACGACACCGCUCGACGGUGCGGAGCAUCUGUACGAGGUGUGCUUUCACAAGGCAGCGAAACCAGCGGCGGCGGCGGCGGCAACCAGUGGUUUCGGUGUCGUGCCUGCGUCCUGCUAUCUGACGCCCUCCCACAAGCAGCGUGUGUGUCCCCUGCCAAGCCUCUCCUGGACGGACACGCACGAGAUGUGGGAUCUGAUGUGCCGAAAGGACGAUUUGGCAUGGCUAGCCCGUGAGCCGAACAUGUUCGACGAUCAUCCAGGUCUACAACCUCGGAUGCGUUCGAUCCUGAUCGACUGGUUGAAUGAGGUGUGCGAGGUGUAUAAGCUGCAUCGGGAAACGUACUUCCUUGCGGUGGACUACAUCGAUCGGUAUCUGAGCCUGAAGAAGGAGCUAAAGAAGAACCACCUUCAGCUGCUCGGUAUCACGGCACUGUUUAUCGCGGCAAAGGCGGAAGAAAUCUAUCCACCAAAAAUAGGCGAAUUCGCGUACGUAACGGACGGGGCGUGCACCGACGAGGACAUACUGCGCGAGGAGCUGCUUAUACUGAGUGCGCUCGACUGGAAGAUUAACCCGGUGACGGUGAUCGGAUGGUUGGGCCUGUACAUGCAGAUCAACGUUACCAGCCGGGAUGUGGACGUGCCGGUGCGAAGCCUGAAGCGAAAGUCCAACAGUACGGCACACAACACCGCCAGCACACCGUCGCCCAAAAAGCGCAAAAUUACGGAUGAAAAUGCUGAUGUCAAUAACAUACAGCAAGCGGCGGUGACAGUUGGACUGCAGCAGCAGCCCCUGCAGCAGCAGCAGCAGAAAGUGUCAAGCAGCAGUACUAGCACGGCUAACAAGACUGAUGAUGCGUUCGUGUAUCCCCAAUUCUCCGGCAUGGAGUUUGCCCACACGGCUCAGCUGAUUGACCUUUGCUCGCUGGACGUUGGGUUUGCCAAUUUCAAGUACUCUGUGAUUGCAGCCGCUGCCCUCAGUCAUACGUUCGAUCGUAAAACGGCCACCUUUGUCUCGGGACUGCCGUGGGAAGAGAUUGCACCGUGCGCCAAAUGGAUGGAACCGUUCUUCCUGGUGAUCUGCGACGAGAAUGCGUCCUGCCCGCUCACAUUCCUCGAGUCGAACGAUCCGAUCAAGCACAGCCACGGGUUGAAGCACAUCUGCCCGAACCUAGUCUCCGACAGCUCCCACAUCAUCCAAACGCACACAACCUCGCUGGAUAUGUUGGAUUUGGUUAGCAUCAAGAUCGAGCAGAUGGAAUCGUGCACCCGCAUGGGACAGCUGGAAGCGUCGCCGGCCCCGAUCGGCAUCAUCGAGUCGGAGGACGGCAUCCUUACGCCGCCGGCCUCAAAUCGCAAAUCGCUGGAAACGCUCGGCGGCGUCAGUGGUACGGCCGUAUCGAAGGUGUCGUCGGAGGCGAUCGCCAGCAUCAUUGCCGACGCGUCCUCCGGCACCUGGAGCCACAGUUAGGAGGAAUGUAAAUGUAAUUUAUCUAAUUCCUUACCAUUUUCCAUCCCCCCCCCCGUCUCUGCGCCACCAACUGGUGUCUGCAUAUGCAGCACCACAGUGAAUGAUAAAUUAUUACUUUUAUUAUUCUUAAUUUACUGCUACAACAUGCCAUUCACGCGCAAGUUACCGAUCGCGUCAGGAACUUACAAAAAAAAAACGUUAUAACGCUCUCGUGCCCUUUUUUAAAUGUAAAACAAUGGGGAAAAAGCAUAGUGUGAGCCACCCGUAAGUGAAUGAAACGCGAUGCACGAUUAUUAUUAUUGUUAGGAUGCUUUUCGUUCGGGAAGAUGAUGAGGGAAUGAAAAUUGUCGAUCGCCUAGCGAUGGUAUUGCUCCCAGGUUAACACAUUCGCUUCGCGUUCCAAUCCCACUAAUACUUUAACCAACACAAACUGCUUCUAACAAGAUACCUUCCCCGCUUUGAGAGAUGCAUCAUUUCUCCAACUAAUCGACUAGCAGUCCAAAUGCUGUCCCACUGACACUCACUAACCCACUUUGCAGCUUGUUUACUAAUAAACUAAGGAUGUCCCCACGCUCCUAUCUCUCUGCUCUUUCGCCUGCGCGUUUUAAAAACAAUUUUCAUUCUUUAUUUUCAUUUUCUCUACACUUUCGCGUGUUAGGGCUAUUAAUGUUUAGCAUCGCCUUUCAUUCCACGGGAAUCACAGCGCGAUAGUUUCCAAGGCCAUUUUAUCAGAAUUCAUCAUUCACCACGCCUUUAAAAUGGUGGCAAUGAGAGUUGUUCGUUUUAUUCGUGCUCGGAUAAAUGGGAGUCAGCCCUUUUUUUGUUUUUGGUUUGAAAAUAACGUGAAGAAAUAGAACAUUUAUUUAAGAAAAAAAAAACUGCAGACAUGUGAUACAUACCCUCUCCAUAUAUUGGUAACUUAUUCAACCAUCAAUCAACAAUAUGACAUCAGUACAAAUUCGGCGCAACACAGCAGCAGGACGCGCACCCCUCCCCAACCGGUGGUGUGUGUAUUAUAGUUAAGGAAGAGAAGUGGAAUGUGUAAAUAGUGUUAUUUAAAAAAAACAGCAAACAAUAAUUACCCGCGACAGGUCCGCGGUGUAUCAAGGGUUCCGUAUAGAACUAGCACAAUCCCCCCCGUACGCAGGACUGACGAUCCUGUUGUUGGGUACAGCAAGAAAGUGAUAUAUAGUCGCCAAGUCCAAGAGUGAUGUACCGGCAGGCCUAGUAGACCGACUUCGGUCAUGCCAAACAAGCUAAGCAGUCCAAUAAGUCUUGAUUCAUCCAACGAAGCAGCCCUACAGAGGAGCAUUGGAGUUAUGAAGCUUAGUUAAGGUCUCAACAACACGUAGGUGAAUAACCUUUCAAGGUGUUGUAAAGAACACUUCAACUGUCUCUGAUCUACAGUAAGAUAUGAACAUUUCAUCUCAAAACUAUCGAUUAUUCUCUCGAUCAAUGAGAGAGAGAGCCUGUGAAAUAUGUAUAAAGAACGAGAUAUAAUUACUAUUUUACAUUAGUUAGUAAAAUUUUUAAACAGCACGCGACAAGUCACUAUGUCAUAUAUUAGUCCAGAACGAUCGAUAUCAUCAGUAUAGUGAACCUACUAUAGCUUCUAGUGCAAAUUUGUGUCCGCAUAAUGUAGCUAAAGUGUACUGAAUCACGUAUAUCAGAGACUUCAGCUACGGAAAUGAAACGAAUGAAGCCAAUGCAGAGUAAUGCAAUUGCAGAUGUGAAACCCACUUUCCUCAACACAACGAAUAAAAUAAAAACAAAAUGACUGAAAUUCAACGGCUCACGAAU